GUGAGUUCUCCGUCCUUGCUACGUGGAAUUAGAACAGCCACUUUCCACUCCCCACUUUCCAGACCUUCUCCUCUCCUCUUCUCUUCUCUUCUCUCCAAGAAUCUGUACUUGUUGCAGUUAUCCAUGGCGCCGAUCUCAUUAUCUUUUUCUGUCACACUCGGAACCCUCAAUUUUUCAGGUGCAACGUGUCGAUUCGGUAAACUUUUUCCAGGUUCUUCGAUAAGACUUGGAACCAAUUUUUGUCCAUUCUCAAGUUCUCGAGGGAAGGGUAUCAAAUGUACCAUUUCAAAUUCAACAGAGAAAGAUGGAGGUGUUGCAGAGAUAUCUGAAAGUGAACCGACUAGGCGUUUUUAUACUUGGCCAGAUUACAAGAAGCCAAGAGUGUGCAUUUUAGGUGGAGGAUUUGGAGGAUUGUAUACUGCUCUGAGACUUGAAUCUCUUGUCUGGCCAGAAAACAAAAAGCCUCAGGUGCUGCUUGUUGACCAGUCUGAACAUUUUGUUUUCAAGCCAAUGUUGUACGAACUUCUAUCUGGAGAAGUAGAUGCAUGGGAAAUUGCACCUCGCUUUUCUGAUCUGCUGGCCAAUACUAGCAUCCAGUUUGUUCAAGAUAAAGUGAAACUAUUGGACCCCUGCGAUCAUUUUGAUGCAAGAAAUCCCAAAAGUGCUAGUUGUGGGGGAACUGUAUAUCUUGAAAGUGGCCUCCACAUUGAAUAUGAUUGGUUGGUUCUUGCCUUGGGUGCUGAAGCUAAACUUGACCUUGUACCAGGGGCUUCCGACUUCGCGCUACCUUUCUCUACCCUCCGGGACGCACAAAGGGUUGACAGCCGGUUGAAAACCCUGGAGAGGGUUAACUUUAGUGAGAAAUCCUUGAUUCGUGUGGCUGUUGUUGGUUGCGGUUACUCUGGUGUCGAGUUAGCUGCCACAAUAUCUGAGAGAUUGCAAGACAGAGGGUUGGUGCAAGCGAUUAAUGUGGAGACUGUGAUCUGCCCUACUGCUCCACCUGGGAAUAGGGAGGCUGCUCUUAAAGUUCUAUCAUCUCGCAAAGUCAAACUUCUCCUAGGUUACAUUGUCCGCAGUAUUCAGAGAGUGGAUGAUGCAGAAAUCUCAGAGAAGCUGAACAACAACAAACCAAGCCAAGGCACUCAAUCAGAUCUUGGUUCAAGUAGGUAUAGGUUAGAACUUCAACCUGCUGAAAAAGGAUUACAAGGUCGCACCCUGGAAGCGGAUUUAGUAUUAUGGACUGUUGGAUCAAAAUCUCUGCUUCCUACACUGGAACCUUCUGAAAAUUACCGUGAACAGCUUCCUCUGAAUGCUCGGGGGCAAGCGGAAACCGAUGAAACUCUUCGUGUUAAGGGCCAUCCACGGAUAUUUGCGCUCGGUGACUCGUCUGCACUAAGAGAUUCAAAUGGACGGCUUCUUCCUGCCACGGCACAGGUUGCUUUCCAGCAAGCAGACUUUGCUGGUUGGAAUCUCUGGGCUGCCAUCAACAACCGUCCUCUUUUGCCCUUUAGGUAUCAGAAUUUAGGAGAGAUGAUGACUUUGGGUAGAAAUGACGCUUCAAUUUCUCCGAGUUUCAUUGAUGGUUUAACCUUAGAAGGUCCAAUUGGUCAUGCAGCUAGGAAAAUAGCAUACUUGAUAAGGUUACCAACCGAUGAGCAUAGGCUUAAAGUGGGGAUCAGUUGGUUCACAAAGUCUGCUGUAGAUUCGAUUGCAUCAAUACAAACCACUUUAACUAAUGCCUUUUCAUCUCAAUAAACUCAAUCUCAGUGUAAUUAAUUGGCCACAAUUCUUACCUUAAAAUAUCCAUCCAAAUGUUGAUAUGUUGUAAUGUCUAUACAUUUAUGGAUUUGAUAUGGAUUCGAGACCAUUU